AUGUUGUUCCGUCGGGGGAUCACCCUCUCCUCUCUGGCUCGUAUGCAUCUCAGCUUUUCCUUUCCUUCCUGUGCUCCCGAUUCCCCUCUCUCCAAGAUCCCUGACAUUUGCGACCCCACCAUCCCCUUCUAUACUCGAGCCACAUCGCUCGUCAACCAAUUCACCACUGAAGAACUCCUCAAUAACACCAUCAACUAUGCUCCCGGUGUCCCUCGCCUGGGCAUCCCUAACUACCAAUGGUGGACCGAAGCUCUCCAUGGCGUUGCUAAAUCUCCUGGUGUUAAUUUCGACCUGUCUGAUCCUCAUGCAGAGUUUACUUCCGCUACGCAGUUCCCCCAGACCAUCAAUUUAGGUGCUACGUUUGACGAUGAUCUCUAUCAGCAGAUUGCCAGUGUGAUUGCUAGCGAAGUUAGAGCGUACAACAAUGCUGGUAAAGCAGGUUUAAACCUCUACUCUCCUCUCAACAUCAAUUGUUUCCGCGAUCCACGUUGGGGUCGCGGGCAGGAGACUGUGGGAGAAGAUCCUUUACACAUGUCUAGGUUUGCUGUCAGCAUCGUACACGGCCUUCAAGGCCCGCAUGCACAGAACGAGGCAGAGGGGAACAAGCUUACUGUUGCUGCAACUUGCAAGCACUUUCUGGCCUAUGAUUUGGAGCAGUAUGAUCGAGGGGAAAGGUAUCAAUUCGAUGCGAUCGUCUCUAAACAGGAUCUAUCUGAUUUCCACCUCCCGCAAUUCCGCGCGUGCGUACGGGACGGUGGUGCUACCACCCUCAUGACCUCUUAUAAUGCCGUCAACAAUGUUCCUCCCUCCGCAUCCAAGUACUACCUCCAAACGCUAGCAAGGCAAGCCUGGGGUCUCGACAAAACGCACAACUACGUCACAUCCGAUUGCGACGCAGUAGCAAACGUUUACGACGGUCAUCGCUACGCUCAGAACUAUGUCGAAGCAGCGGCGAAAUCCAUAAACGCUGGAACCGAUCUCGAUUGCGGUGCUACUUAUUCCGAGAACCUUGGUGCGGCGCUCAAACAGAAACUCACGGAUAUCGCUACAAUCCGUAGAGCUGUUAUCCGCAUGUACGCUAGUCUCGUUCGGCUCGGAUACUUCGAUGACCCUGCUAGCCAGCCCCUGCGACAGUUGACGUGGAAAGAUGUUAACAGUCCCUCAUCCCAGCGCCUUGCAUAUACCUCUGCACUCUCGUCCAUCACUUUACUCAAGAAUCUCGAUAGCACUCUACCCAUAAAGCAAAAGCCCACCAAGAUCGCCAUCAUCGGUCCCUACACAAACGUAUCAACUUCUUUCUCCGGCAACUACGCCGGACCAGCCGCUUUCAACAUGACAAUGGUGCAUGCUGCAUCACAAGUCUUCCCCGAUGCCAAAAUCGUUUGGGUCAACGGUACAGACAUCUCCGGACCAUACAUCCCUAGCGACGCUCAAGACGCAGUGAAACUCACCUCUGAUGCCGAUUCGGUCGUUUUCGCAGGAGGCAUCGACGCUUCUAUCGAAAGAGAGAGUCACGAUAGAAAAGAUAUCGCUUGGCCUCCAAACCAGCUCCGCCUGAUCCACGAGCUUUCUCAAUCGCGCAAGAAGGAUAAAAAGUCCAAGUUGGUCGUGGUACAGUUCGGUGGAGGCCAACUCGAUGGUGCCUCGCUCAAAAGCGACGAUGCGGUUGGAGCUUUGGUUUGGGCAGGAUACCCUGGGCAGAGUGCAAGUUUAGCUGUAUGGGAUAUACUUGCUGGCAAAGCAGUCCCAGCGGGGAGGCUGCCGGUAACGCAAUAUCCAGCGAGUUAUAUCGAUGGCUUACCAGAGAGUGCCAUGUCUUUGCGACCCAAAGCUGGGUACCCGGGGAGAACGUAUAAAUGGUACAAGGGAGUGCCAACUUACCCUUUCGGUCAUGGGUUGCAUUACACUACCUUCUCUGCCUCUCUCGCCAAACCGCAGCCAUACGCUAUCCCGACUACCCCCGCAGCUAAGGGUCCGGAGGGAGUGCAUGCAGAGCACAUCAGCGUUGCUGAUGUACAAGCGAACAUCAAGAACACAGGUAAAGUCGCUUCUGAUUAUACAGCCCUCCUCUUCGCUCGACACUCCAACGGCCCAGCACCCUAUCCUAGAAAGACUCUGGUGGGCUAUACAAAGGUGAAGAACCUCUCUGCAGGUGAGGAAAGCAGUGUUACUAUCAAGAUCACCCAAGCAGCUUUGGCUAGGGCUGAUGAAGAAGGAAAUCAAUUCCUCUACCCCGGCUCAUAUCAGCUAGAGUUGGAUACUGAAGAGCACAGACUAGCUUCCACCACCCUAGUACUGACUGGGGAAGCGGUUAAUGUAAUUCCUUGGGUGUCGGGCGAUAUGUCCUAA